AUGAGGAUUGGCCGUCGAGCAGUACGUACUGCUUUCGCGGCUGCUGCCUUCCUCAGCGCGAAGGGUGCCCUGGAAGAUAAAGUCACUUCAGCAGGAAUUGAGACAUACAGGCCUCCUCGGAACUAUGCAGAGGUCCCGAUAAGCAGAAAGAUUAUCAACACUGCCGAUAAAAGUGGACUCAAUCUACGUUUAUAUCAGUACCAAUCAUGCCCUUUUUGUUGCAAGGUACGGGCUUUCCUCGAUUACUAUGGAUUUUCAUAUGAAGUUGUCGAGGUCAAUCCAGUGACUAAAUCUCAGAUGUCAUUCUCGAAGGGCUAUAAGAAGGUUCCUUUGAUUACGAGCACGGAAGGCACAUUCAAGGAAUCAUCGCUUAUUAUUUCUCAGCUCACAACAUAUCUGAGACGUCCUGAUCGUAAUCUGUUUGAAAUCGAAGACAUGUAUCCCACCAUAGAAGCGAUCAAUGAUGAUGGAAAGGUGGUGAAAGUGUGCCCGAACAAAUACGUCAUCAUGAAGGAGGAUUCAAAUGAUGAUGAAGAGUUUGCUUACGAGAGAGAAGAACGCAAAUGGCGUGAAUGGGUCGACGACCAUUUCAUUCAUCUGAUUUCGCCUAACAUCUACCGUAAUUUUUCUGAAUCUUUGGAGACAUUUGAGUGGUUUUCCAAGUUCGGUGAAUGGGAUAUUAAUUUCUCUACUUGGAGUCGCCUUUUGGCCAAAUAUAUGGGGGCCUUCAUCAUGUGCCUCGUUGCCAAGCGUCUGAAGAGAAGGCAUAAUAUAGAUGAUGAAAGGCAAGCUUUGAAAGAUGCUUUCAAGGAGUGGAUGGAUGCGAUUGGACCGAAUAGGACAUUUUUGGGCGGUAAUAAACCAAACCUAGCAGAUCUUGCAAUGUAUGGCGCUAUGAACGCAUUCGCUGGUUGUGGAGCUUUUGCCGAAGCUAUGGAAAGCAGUUCGAUCAAGCACUGGUACAACGCUGUGGGCACCGCUGUACAGAAUCAUGAAGGCCGUGAGCUAAUCGCCCUCAGAACACGUACUCCUGCUAUUCAACCAAAGUAG